AUGGGCUCCUCAUCCAUCAAGAUUCGUGAACUAGUGAAAGACGCCGAGCCUUUCUUGUACCAAGAGUUUCUACUUCUUCGUCAUCACGUGCUUCGACUUCCGAUUGGAAUGGACCUAUUUGCAGAAGACUUGACCCUAGAAAACGAUCACAUUACAUUCGUGGCCAUGUCACAAAAUGACGUCAAGGGUGACGCCGAGGGUGAAAGAGUCGUAGGUUGCGUUAUGUUAGCGCCGUGCCGCGACGAUACGGAGAGCUUUCAACUGCGACAAAUGGCCGUAGCAACAGAUUAUCAGGGUCAAAGGCUAGGUGCCAAGCUUGUGGAGUUUGCCGAAAACUAUUCGAAACAGGUUGGCAAGAAGAAGAUAAUUCUCAACGGAAGGAAAACAGCGGUCCCAUUCUACCAGAAGAUGAAUUUCAAAUUGGUCUCAGAACAAGAGUUUAUAAUGUCUGGCAUUCCGCACUUUGCGAUGGAGAAAAUAUUGUAA